GCGGCAAGGCGAGAGACGUGACCGCGGCGGCGCUCGUAGCCGCAGCAGCAGCGGAGACGACGAAGACGACGCAGCAGCAGCCGCAGCAGCACGAAGCUCCACAGCCUCAACACCAGCAGCAGCAGGCAGCAGCUGAGCCAGUGCAUCAGCAGCAGCAGGAGCAGCAGCAGCAGCGGCAGCAGCAGCAGCAGCGGCGUUGAAGCGCGUGCGCGGCUGAGAUGGCGGAGCGCGAGCAGCUGGUGCAGAGGGCGCGCCUGGCCGAGCAGGCGGAGCGCUACGACGACAUGGCGGCCGCCAUGAAGGCGGUGACCGAGCUGACAGAGCCGCUGUCCAACGAGGAGCGCAACCUGCUGUCGGUGGCCUACAAGAACGUGGUGGGGGCGCGCCGCUCGGCCUGGCGCGUCAUCAGCAGCAUCGAGCAGAAGACGGCGACGGACGGCAACGAGAAGCGCCUGGGGCUGGUGCGCAGCUACCGCGAGAAGAUCGAGCAGGAGCUCGAGGCGGUGUGCGGAGACGUGCUCAACCUGCUCGACAACCACCUCAUCCCGCGCUGCGACCACCCGCAGUACGAGAGCAAGGUGUUCUACCUCAAGAUGAAGGGCGACUACUUCCGCUACCUCGCCGAGGUGGCCACCGGGGAGAAGCGCGACCACGUCGUGUCCAACUCGGAGAAGGCGUACAAGGAGGCGUACGAGGUGAGCAAGGAGCAGAUGAUGCCCACGCACCCCAUCCGCCUGGGCCUCGCGCUCAACUUCUCCGUCUUCUACUACGAGAUCCAGAACGCGCCCGAGCAGGCGUGCCAGUUGGCCAAGACGGCCUUCGACGAGGCCAUCGCCGAGUUGGACUCCCUGAACGAGGACUCGUACAAAGACUCGACGCUAAUCAUGCAGCUCCUCCGAGACAACCUCACACUGUGGACCUCCGACCAGCAGGACGACGAGGCUGGAGAAGGAAACUAGGAGGCGAAGGUGGCGGCGGCGGCGCGGGGAGAGAGAGGUGUAUGGCACAGCCUGAAAGGGAGCGAAGAUCUCUCGAAGAAAACAAAAAAAGCUACCGCAUGCCACAACCAAUGGGGGAUGAGUUAGAUUCUGCUUUGUUAGCAAAAUGUUGCGAGCCUCUUGUUUCCCGCUGCGCCCGCGUCACGUGCGGCGAUUGUUUCUCGCGCGAGCCGCCCGCUCCGACCCGCGCGCGCGGCUCUCGUGUCGACCGCGCCUGGCACGGGGCACUCGGGAAGAGCUGGGCCCGAGUAUUUCGCUAACCAAAGAGGUGCUCGAAUGAAUUCCUUUGUAUUCUUACGUGCGUCAUCCAUAUUACAUAGAACGUGAUGCCGAGUGUACGGUAGCGAGCUCCACAGUGAUAGUACUUUAUUUUACCGAUCACUUUGCACCUCGGUAGAUUUUCACCGGCGAAUCAAUUUAGUUGAUUCUAUUUAUGUUACGUGUGCUCAGUCUCAUUUUGUGAUGCUCCAGAAGGACAAGUAUCAGUCGCAGUGUUAACAUGGAGAUUCCAACGGCGGCAGCUGAACAAUAUUGAAGUAGCUGUCGGAAUGUUUCACUUUAAAAUCUAUGCCAACAGAUACAUUGCUACAUUGCAUUAGUUCUUGCUUCUUCGGGGCCACUAGGGCCCUGUUCAAUUUGGAAAUCAAUAAAGUCGGCAGCAACUCUGCUGGGUAGUCUCGUGUGAUUCGUAUCAGAAUUUUGAGGCUGCAUCCACCGAUGUAGCCUUCGCGCUGAUGUUACACAAUCGACAGCCAACUAGGUUUUGCUUUGCCCAUCUGAAGCUAUGCCACGUUUUGAGCCCAAUAACACAGUUUUCUUAACAACGAUUCACGCAUCAUUUGAUGUCUGGCAAAACAAAACCUGCCGAUGUUUCCAUUGGUCUGCGGUGGUGUUGUGUGUUUCAGCCAUUACCAAUAUGUGAAUUUGCCAUAUAGUUGUGCCAUGGCGGUAACUCCGUACAUGGAUUGUAUUAACGGUUGCCAUGUACAUUCUCAUUAUUUUGAGAUCACCAUAUACAUAUCUCGCCAACAGGCUUGCGAUACAUCGUUUUUUACUCUUCUGGCAGAGGAGAUGUACGGAUAAGAAUCUUUAGUUUAGAUCUGUCAGCGGAGACACUUUAUUUCAAUCGUGGAUCAGAAUGUGCGUUCCCCCGUCUGUGGGGUGUGUGCGCAUACAUCCUUUAAAGUGUUGGGGAUUUAACAUGGGUGAGUUUAUUCCCUAUGGCUGUAUUGGCAGACCUCGCGCCCCUUGUUGGAUAAGCACUAAAUUCCAUGUCAUGUGCCAUAGAUGACAGUAUUACACACUGAGCCAGGCACCUAAGUAUAGUUUGGUGCCUCUUGUAAUUCCCAUGUGCUGCUUGCGUGUCGGCAUCCGCAGCACCAUCAGCUUUAUUCUUCACUGAAGAGGUCAAGAGUAUGCUCCAAACUUUCUCGUGCCACACCAAUGCCACAACCCCAGCUUUCCCUACGAGUAAAAAAAAAAACAGCUCCUCUUCACUAGCGCAAAAUAGCAUUUAAUUUCUAACCCAAUUUAUACUUUUCAGAACCCGCUCCUCCAAAAACGUAGAAGACCCGCACCAUUUGCAUUAACGAUGUGCCCUAAGGCCCUGUUCUCACACCGUUCCAACUCCUGGGCAUAAUCGCGUGUUCAUUUUACUAUUUUGAUGCGGUGCAAUCGGCGACAGGUCCGUAAGCCAACUGGGACACGGGAGCACCAGGCUGGGCAGUUACAAAAAUAUUCUCGCCGUUUGCUUCACUGCAGAUGCGCUUCUGCGGCCAUCUGGAACGCCCUUCCGAUAUUAGGAAGCCACUGGAGCUAUGCACUUGUAAAUCUGAAUCUAAUUUCUUGAACUUUUUGUGUUUAGUUUGUUGUCCUUCCCCCACACCUCAAUUUAGCACGGUUGGCUACAUAUAGUGUGGAAGAAGUUAAACAUAGAUACACGUUUUAUUACCCAACACAAGUGGUAACUUGAAUAUUUUCUCAAUAGAGUUGGUUGCCCGAUGGGCGUGGUUAACCUUGCUCCCAAAAUAUGCUCAUCGUGCUGUGAAAGCUACAGUGCGUUUUAAAUACAACCUGCCGUGGUUGGAUGUCACCAGGCGGUAAUCUUUAUUGAUGAACAGUGGCUUCGUACAAAUGGUUUGCAUUUAACGAACUGCCAAAUUGCCACCGCUCUCUCGCCACACGUUAGCCAAAUUGGGGUUGAUUGUAUUUUUAUGGGGGCACUGGACACAUUUACUCUCGUAAUAGACGGUCAUUUUCCAGUGUAUCUUCACGUUACUCUACAGCUUGUAGUCAUGUUUUGUGUGGUAGGAUUUACUGUAGCUCCAACCGAUAUUUGCCAAGGUUCGUUUCACAUUGUAGAUGCUCUGUAUUAAGCAAUAGAUCUGCCAACAGGUUAAAGUAAUGACGAAGAUGUAAACGCCUGUCACCCAUUGAGCACUAAUUCAUUGGCGCCACAACACAGCCCACCCCUUUACAACUUUACGUGAAACAUUGUACCACUGCGUUAGAGGCAGUUGCAGCCCCCGAGGUAGAAUCAUAAACAUCAUAACUCUCCUGCCUUCCAACAAGCAAGGCAUUGCAUGACACAGACCACCAUUCCAGAUGCCUCGACCAUCCCUCCAUCAGUUGGAAUUUGGUGGCCUUUUAUGGCAACACACAGCAGUUUAAAGUUGGCUACCGCAUAACUCAUAAGUGCUGUAGGAGCCAUUUGAUGCCGGCGCUGUGUACUGUCCGUGAAAGGUCUUUGUCAAAAGAUGUGUUCAUUGUCAGACCAGCGUUUGAAAAUGAAGCCGGAAUGGGACGUCAUAUCACAAACGGGGUCGUGGAACAGCACCGGGAGCUGUAGAUAAGUCGUCACGUUUCAGGGGAGCACAUUUGGAGCGUAUCUCUCCCUGCGCUUUUUGAACUUGCUGAACCAACUCUCAACUAGCCAGCCUCUGACCAGAUAACGGGUCAAGAGAUGCGGUUUGAUAUUCUGUCAUCCCCAGGUAUGCUGUGUUCCGUGCUCUCAGCUGGUAUUUUCAAUUUGAUGGCGUUGGGCUCAUGCGGGGCAUCCUAGUACACGAUGGUUAGUACUCUGUUUACAAAUUAAUUAGUGUAGAAGAGUCUUCAGACCAGUGUCCGUACGUUUUACAUUUGUAUGUCAGGUAGCAAUCCCGUCCAGUGGAAACCUGUCCCGUUUUUGUUUGGCAGCAGAUCUGAUGAAGGCCAAACCCACCUAUAGAAGUUUGUGUUGUGCAGAGCAAAGCCUCGUCAUUAAGUGCCCAUAAACUAACAAUAGUGUAUGUGUUGGGAGCUCUAAAACACAAUGAGGUAAUCCAUCUGUCACCGUGGGGUUGUGUUCUUGUAUUACUCCGUUGUGUCGGGUGCCACACGAAGCGAGGUGCGGUGGUUUGUGCAAAACUGGGUUGGUGGACCACACAUUUGUGAAACUCCAAACCUGCUGGGCUCUGAGGUGACCAGGCAGUACAGCAAAUGGAUUGAAUCCAUCUGUACAGAGCAUUGAAUGCGAUCCUUCAUGCGUUGUGUGGGUUUAUCUCCGGUGGUUAUGAUUUCCUUCGACGUGCCGCUCAUGGACUUGGCAAAACAUCCUAGUGCAGGAACUGCCUUCAACAGUCUUGGGACGCAUUCUUUCCCGUCUACUUAAAUGGCAUUGUUAAUAUUACCAUGCUCGGUGACCUCGUGGGUGUUUGGGUCCGUUGCAUUGGGGGAAUGUUGUUUCGCGUCCGUGCGUGCGCCGAGAUUCAUUAGUGUCGCCACAAUCGUAGGAAGCACGGGGACGGCGGUCAGCCCUCGCGUGCACAAAGCAAAGUCGGCCGCCGAGAGCGAGCGCGGAGUGAAUGCGGGACGUUGUUCUUGGUGAUGGACGGGGUGGAGGGUGGAAGGUUGCCAGUUGAUUUUCUCAUUCGAGAACGAUGAAGGCAAAGAGGAAGGGGGGGGGGUGGUGGGGGGGAAGUAUGGCUGCACGGCGAACCAUAGCGUAGGCUGCACUUGGGUGUUACUGUUUUUGCUGUUUGAGAAUUAGCUCUCCGAAGCUCAUUAAUAAUGCAAACGUGACUUGUAGACGUGAGGGCAGUUUGGCGCGAUGUAUUAAUCGCACCGCAUUUACUGUUAAGCCUUGCCUUUCGCUAUCGUAAUUGUGGUUAAAAGUGUUAUAUAUAUAUAUUUUAUUUGUUUGUUAUUAAUGUGUGAAAUAUGAAUAAUUACUUUGCUAACGUUUAAAAUACAAUUAAUAUGUAUAGAAACGCAUCGGUCCGUUUCACACGUAGUUUUGCAACGUCGGCCUCCAGAAACACACAUCUGAAAUAUCCAAGCAACUAUUGAAGGUUCUUCUGCAGUGGUUGCCAGGUAGACAUCUCGGCAACUACACGGUUGGGGUGUAGCACUGUGGAUCAAGCGGAUUUUUGGAAUCCUACGGCGAUCCCACGUUCGCAUUGAGAAUGGCUUAGACCAGGGGUGUCAAACACACAGCACCACAAUUCGCUUCCUCCGGCCCACCACGUGUUUUCGUUUGUUAUAACUUAUGUAAUUUUAGUUAUAUUUUUCAAAGCUCUUACCUAAAUUCAAACUGAAUUUAAACCGGACAUUGAAAACGGGAGAUUUGGCACGUGUCAUGCCGUGAAAAAAAAAAAAAAACUCUCUUUAGCCGUGCUUUUCGAUUUUUAAUUGCUAAAUUUAUACCGUGGUGUUUAUUAUGCUUUUGAUUUUCAUAGGCCCAACUGUGUGGCCGGCGGGAAAAGCAUUUGAGUCCAAAACCGGCCCGCUGUCUGAUUGAGUUUGACAUCCCGUGGACUUGAGCCUCCAUUCACAAUGCAACGCUGCCCAAGUAUAAAUGUGACUCCCUGCGACGGUGCCACGACCCUCGCCAAAUCGACCGAUGCGGGCAACACGUCGGGCCAGCCGCAGCAGUUUGGAACAAAUGGCUUAGAGCCACCUGGACAAGCGGAAUUGGUCAUGCAGAUAUGCUCCGGGUGUUUGUUUUUCAGUGGAAUUCCGGAGGUUACCACCUUGCCUCGCCGUCUCAGUUUCAGUUCUUGACAGACGAGCCGGUGAAUACGGUCGUUAAAAUUGAGCGCUUCUGUAGUUUUUAGUUCCAAGCGUGAUUUGAACAAAUACGUGCGUACGUUUUUCAGUGUGCAUCGUAAAACUUCCUCGUGGCCGCGUGGAAAACGCUCGUGUCAUUUGAGCAAAAGAAAAGAAAACUGGCUGCUCUGUUGUGUGCGGGGUUCAAGUUGCCGUUUUUGGGUUGUUUUAUCCCAGCAGGGUAUUGUGGUCAUCGUUGGCAGUGAAUCUUAAAGUGUGUGUGUGAGCCUGUGUCCUGUCUGUUCUUUGAAAAGCCUCUGCCAUGAGGAUUGGAGCGCAUAAAAACGAGGUUAUUAAUUGCUGACAGGUUCGGAUGAAUUUGGCGGUUGACGGGGCGUUAAAAGGAGACGCGGAGGAGGAGAUGCAAUUUUGCCCUCCCAUAGCUUGUCAGUACUGUACUGUACAGGGUAGAUCGUACAAUUGUACCUCGCCUUUCAACUUUCCUCUUUGGAAUGUCUUGAACAUUAUUAGGUUUACACUUAACUGGAAAAUUCAACGAAAGCUAAAGUACCUUGAGUAACCACUUAAGAAUAACAAUCAUUGAAUUUUCAAUAUACUCUGAAAAAAAUUCCAUUAUUUCUUUCUGGCGUAUACCUCGGAGGACGCAUAACCAAGUCGUGUUGCUGGAGGUCUUGCAAAUUGAAGAGAGUCCAGUCUGCUUCCACGAGUGCGCGUCCGACGCCGCUUGGUGGCUCGCGAACAGCGGGUGGUGUUAGCGGCGCGUCCUCCCCUUAGCGAUGUGAACCGUGCACGUAACGUUCUCUGCGUCUUAAGACUCGUGUGUCCGUUGUUCGCCGUAGGGUCCCACCACUCGAGGCCGCUACAUUCACAACAAUGUUAAAAAAGAAUCGUGAAUCUGAAUUGGCGAAAAAAUUAUUUGCAUCUGGUGCGGUGGCAGGGGGUGGUGGGGGUUUUAUUGUACCCAUCGCUGCACGUGGAUCACUUUACAUGUCGCAAGGUAGUCUGACCUUUGGUCAGUCCGUAUACCAAGCAGGUUCUUAUGCAGGACGUUUCCACCGUUAUUGACACUUGGCAGGUUAUCAUUUAAACUGGCGGUGAGAAAGGUGCACUCUUUACACAGACGGGCACGUGACUGAACAAACCUCAGGAACAAAUCUACUUGAAGGUGUUUACGUCAUAUCCUGCCCGCGAGUUCUAAAGUGACGCUUUUGAGGCCAGGCAGGUGGCAGUUUUCAACUUCUAACGUUGUUGGCACCUUUUUGGAGGCCCUGUUUACCGCGAGUUUCACAAGCUCGGUUAAAUCGGCGCUAGACGGACGGGGUAUGAAUCCAGGGUUUGGGUCUCGGGACUGUUACGUUUUAUUUGUGAGCGGUAAAUGGCCAUUUUUUGUUAUGUUGCGUGUUUGAAAAAUACUGCUUACGCUUAACCAAUUUUCAUUGUCAUCACAUACGUGUGGCGGAUUGCAUUUUCUGGAGAAACAAUUUGCGCGUGCAACGAUUAACGUCGAUUGAAACCUCUGCUCGUGAAGAGCUCCACAGAGUUGCUUACUCUGUGCCUACACCAUCCGGAUAAACACUUUGUAAGUUGUGUAGCCUCAUUGAUACUUGCGGAUAGAUCCCAGCUAACGGUGACAAAACAGCAGACAUGCCUUGAUUAUUCCUCCCAGUUCUACACCGUGGAACCUCUCCCUGUUGGACAUCUGUGAAAAAGAGCUUCCUAGCUCAUCGGAUUCCUCCAGGAAAGUACAGAUUCUGAUCAUCGUCCCUAACCGUGUUCAGCCGCGUCGCUGAUCGUCAACGCAUUUGGCCUCUCUAUUCCAAACCCCGCAACUUUGGACCUUCUCGGUCCGUAAUUGUCAACCUGAUCCAAAUCGAGAACUCUUUGCCAGCUCUCAACUCGUCUGUACUCGGAGCUACUCUGGUGGUGAGGCAACGCUUGCGUUGUAAACCUCGGGACAUCGCUUUAGAAACUACAAUUUAUAAACAAAAAUCAACGUUUGUCAACAUAAAAUGUUGAAACCUGCUAGGUCACCAGAUAAAUAAUGAUCUCUUUCCCUUAUUGACAAUCUUUUUUUAAUCAAUCGGUGCGUGUAGGUUGGGAAAGUGUGACUUUCAGGCUUCGUGCACGUGCGAGUGAUUCGUGUUUUUUUUGUUUGCAUGGUUAAAGUUCUUUUUUUUCUGGAACGGGUGAUUUGUGUGCGUUAUCUCUUUCCCUUCCUCUGUGGCGUGCGCGCACAUUUGCUUGGGAGCUUUUGGCGAGCGGCAUGAUUCAAGACGUUUAAAGUUGAUUUUUGGCAAAUACAAUGAAGCCGAAUUUUCUUGACAUGUGGGUUGUGCUGCGUAUACGUUUGACCCACGUAAUUUGCGCAGAUGAACUUAAUUCACGACAGGGAUUAACUGUUGGAAUAGCUUUUUCCCGUCACUGUUGGUGACGAUGAUAGCGCGUGGAAAUGAACCGGUGUAAAAUGAAUGCAUUUGAUGUGCAUGGAGCUGAAGAAAACUGAGCGGCGAACCGAGUGGAUGUUAGCCACUCGUCUCAUUUGUGAAUUUUUUUUUGCCAAAUCGCACGAUUUUUUUUAAUGAUGCUUUGUCUUUUAAUAGACUCUUCGGAAUCCAUGGAAUGUGACCGUAAUCUCUGUCAUGCAUGCAUGCCGUAGGAGUGACUGAACGUGCAGAAAAACGGUUAGCAGCUCUGUAAUCUUCAGUAGCCCAUAGUUUGAUAUAAUUGCUGCUGUUUAGCAACCUACUACACAUCGGUGUUGUAGUAGUAUGUGUUUUUGCGAGAAUGUGGUAAUAGGUAUUUUAUGUAAUUUAUUAUUUUCACCUGUAUUUUAAACCUUCACAAUUACGUUUUGUGUGCGUGUAUCAUUUUUAUUUUUUACAUGCCAAUGUUAGACUUUUCUGUUUGAAUCUAUUAAUAGUAACAUAUACUAGUUAAUGAGUAUUAUAUCAAGCAUGUUGAAGUAAAGUGUUCAUUCAGGACUAUAUAUAACUGUGGACACCUAAUGUCUUUCAAGCUGAAUUAAAUGUUUAUCUUAAUAAAUGCUUGCGUGUACCCUCA